UGAACCGAUUUAGACGUGCAAGACUUAGCUGAGUUCCACAUGAGAUCAUUCUCUGUCCUAAUAAUCAGCAAGCGUUUCACAUGAGUCAAAACUAUAUUAUUUUCUAUUCAAGUUAUUUAAACUUCGCGCUGCAAUGAAUUUCAAGCUUCGCAACAGUAGUCUUUUGUUUCGCCCAAUCUACGAAGUACACGUCAUUUGAAAUUUUUAUAUAUAUAUGUGCAUGUUUUCCUGACGAAAGUGUCACUUUGCUUUCUUUGAAGUGCGCUGUCGUGUAAACAUGUGUCAUUUUUUGAUACUGGUUCUCAAUUUAAAAUGAAGUUUUGUCGGCUCAUAUUUUAUGUGGUGAUCCUGCAAAUUAUCAACAGCGGCCUUGCAAACUCUGUCGCAAAGACUGAAGCUCCUGCUUCCAGUGCAGGAACCACAAUUGACCAUGAUUUAAACAACAGUUCUGCUGAAGCUGAACUGGAUGCUGUGCCCUCAGUUAAAACUGCAACCAUUGAGAAAGUGCCACCUGAUGCUUUCAAAGAUGCACCGGCUGAAAUAUCUGAAAACGUUGGACAAGCCUCCCAAAUACAGUCAAGUUUUGAUGAUAUUCCGAAACCCAAAGUUGCUGAUGUUGCCGUGAGUGAAAAACUAGCUGGAGUGCUAAAUCAGGGGACUCUAAGCCAAGAUCUUCCAGAUCCAGUCACCAUUGGAGUUGUAUCACUCGUAGACUCAGCCUCUGCAGAUCUCCACCAGCUGGCCUCUUCUGCCUCUGCUGAUGUUUCACCAGAUGCCGAUGGCGGUAAGGCUUCUAGUGCAAAUGCCACGGCAGGCUCCGCCCCAGCCAUUGUUAUUUUGCCGCCCAGUGAUGUUGAUCAUGCUGAACCCAAAGACAAACCAGCAGAGAAGACUGAUUCCACAACUACUGGUGCCAAAAAUCCGAGCUCUGACUCACCACAGACUCCAGUUAUUAGAGCAGAGCCCAAGAUUGUGGAGCAGAUUCCAAAAGUUAUUGAAAAAACAGACCCAAUCAUUGUUGAUGCUGAAAAAAAUGCUCAGCAAAUUGGUCAGGGCCCCAACAAACCACCUGAACCAGCUGUUUCUCCUCCCAGCCCAGCUGGAAGUCCUCUAGAUCUAGUUGGAGUUCCACAAAUUCCUCAAGAAGAAAUACCAUCAUUCAGUGAAUGGACUCAGAAGCAAUUAGAAGAAGCAGAAAAAAAGAAAGGUCAAAAUAAAACAACCAGCCCCCCUCAAUCACGUGGACCAGCCCCUAGCAAAAUGAGAUCGAAGAAUUAUGCAUCACCGGACUGUGGUGCUAAAAUUGUUGCUGCAAAUCCUGAGGCAGAAUAUCCUAAUGGUGUCUUGUCAAAUUCUAAGGAUGAGUAUCUCAUCAAUAGGUGUAGCACACAAAGAAUGUGGCUUAUAAUUGAGCUAUGUGAAGCCAUUCAAGCAAAACAGAUUGAAUUAGCAAAUUUUGAGCUCUUUUCAUCAUCACCUAAGGACUUUUCAGUAUAUUUGAGUCACAAUCAUCCUAGCAGAGAAUGGAAUAGUGUUGGACAGUUCACAGCCAAAGAUGAAAGAAAUGUUCAAAGCUUUGAUCUUAGCCCUCACUUGUUUGGAAAAUUUCUCAAGGUUGAAUUCAACUCUCAUUAUGGUAAAGAACAUUUUUGUUGUACCUCAUUGAUCCGAGUUUAUGGUACCAGCGAGUUUGAAGUGCUUGAAACAGAGAAUGAGGUGCACAGUGCUAUUCAUGACAUUGAUGAUGAAGAUGAAGAUGAACAACCAAUUGGUGCAGAUAUGGGUAAACCAGCCAAAAAUUUAUUUGGCCAUGCCACUGAUGCGGUCUUUACAAUUGUCCGAAAAGCUGCAGAAGUUCUAGUCAAGAGUGGUGAUAGUCAAAAUCAGAGUCAAACCAUAGAUGCCAAGAACAGCACUGCAUUAAUUCCUUCUUACAGAGUGGCUCCUCGACACUGCAAUACGUUGCGUCAUCUUGUUGUUUGUAAUAACUGCAGUGAAGAUUUCUUUGAUCAAGUUUACCAUCUCCUCAGCUGCCACUCUUCAGAUCUUGAUGCUCUUAUUGAAUCUCCUUUUGUGUUUGAUGGGAUUAACAACAGCCAACUAUGUUCAUUCUAUGGCCUGGAUUUCAUUUCAAAACGAAAUUCAGGGGCUCCCCUUCGUCUCAGAAAUGAAGACCAAUUAGAUCAAGCUGGAUAUUUGGCAGCCAUGUUACCUGCAGAGUAUAUAUCUGCUCUCUGCAAUAUGCUCGCAGCAUCGGAGGGCAAAGUUGUGUUAAAUAAUAGUCAAGCCGCUAAAGCAUACCAGAAUAUGCGUUUGAAUUCACCAUCUCAAGAUUCUGACCUGAAAAAUCUGUUAAUUGAGCAUCAAGCACCUCAAACCUGCUCUGUAGAUGCAUCUUUUACUCUAGCGCACUGUCAGCCUUCUCUAUCAGGAACAACUUCAUUACACACACCUGAUGUUUCAACAAGCCUUCCAGGAAGCCAACCAGGACCGACGUCAUUCUCAUCAAUUGCAUCAGAAAUAAAACCUACUAAAACAUUGUCCAAAGAGGAGGCAAAAGAAAUAUCCUCACCUGAUGGAUUGGCACCACAGCUCCCUGUCCAAAAAUCAGGAAGUAUGCCAGAUGUUGUGGCAACUGUCAGCAGCCAAAGUCAUGUGAAUGUGGAACCCUCUGUGGUUUUAGUUUCAAUGAACGCACCUGCUGAAAAGGUUCAUGAUACACCUCAUGAAGCAGUAGCCCCUGAGCAGCCAGUUCUUGAAGUACCACCAUUAGACAGAGAUAAAGAUUUAUCCGAUGUGUCUUUUGGACUUGACUCGGGAGCAUCAGAUGAUCAAGAGCCGUCAAAAGACUUAGAAGCACUCAUCAUGGAAAUGAAAGCUCUUGAUAACAAUGAAGAAACAUCUACUGAAACCAGUUCAUCUUUUGGAAGUGGCGCUGCUACUACAUCAAGCAGUGUCGUUACGCAAACUCGCGUCCCAACUCAACAAGCCCAAAAAGAAUCAGUGUUUUUACGUCUGUCCAAUAAAAUCAAGGCUCUGGAACGCAAUAUGUCAUUAAGUGGACAGUAUCUGGAGGAACUUAGCCGGCGAUACAAGAAACAGGAAGAACUAAGCCGAGCAUUAAAUAAAACCCUUAAUCUGCUCAAGGAAGAAGUAAAGAGAUCUAAAGACAGGGAGCAGCAGAGAGAUAGUGAUCUUCUGUUCUUACGCACUCAACUUAUCCAGAUAACUGCUACACUAGAAUCUCAUCAGACUGAAAAAGAUAGCUGGCAGCAUAAGGUUAUUGUGAUUGGUCAACAUUUUCUGUUGAUAGUGAUAGAGGUGAUUAUGAUUGGUGUAGUUGUUUGGAUGUGCCGCCGCUUCCAUAGUGAGAGUGAGGCUGUAUCCUCAGGACCACAACGCAAAUGGAGCACUGGGUGGAGGAAAGUUAACAAGUCGCAUGUGAAACAAUUGAGGAGACGUAGCUCACUUGAUGGUCUCAGUGGCAGUCGAAGUGACCUUAGGAAAAGGCGCCCAAGUGAAGAGGCUCUUAAAAUUUCUGGAUCUUACAAAGACUUGUUACUCCAAGAUGACAAUGUUGUCAUUGUAGAGGGGGUAGAUAUCACCCCUGAAGGCAACGAUACAAGUUCUUGGUUUUCAGUGACAGGUUCUAGAGAACAGCGCCGGAAGAAGAAGCGCAGAAAGGAAGGGUUAAUGAAGUCAUCUUCCAGCAACAACCUCGCUCAACUUCAAGUAGAGAAAUCUCAAGCUGUUACUAGAAAAAUUUCAGCUCCUCUUCAUUCUUUUUCACUGCCCUCAGAACACUGUAAAAACAGCAUUGAUGGUGACACAGGCAUGUUAAGUUCUCCAAUGAGGGAAGUUGAGAGAGAUGAUUGCAUCAGUGAAGGAGCUCUUGUUCCAGAGUUAUCAUCAUUGUGGAACAGAAAUGCAGAACCACUUGAUGGUAUUGUGAUACCUGCUACCUACAUAGAGACUGCUACCUCCUUAAGGAACCGCAGGUCCUCAAACUUAGCUGAAUCUCAGCUUCUCUUCAACAGUCCACCUUGGAGUCAUCAUGAAGGUGACAGUGGUAGCAGUGUUUCUGGUCAGUCAAGUAGAAGCAAAGGUUUGGAUUCUCUUGAACCUGUGUGUAAUAGUAGUCAAAGUGACAAUCAGGGAAGUGCAUUAAGUGACAAGAAAAAGAAAGUUGUUAAAAAGGGUGGUUUGAAGAGUAUGGUGAAGAAAUUCUUCUGAUUUCAUGCAAAGAGAUCAGUAAUUAAAUCAGACUACUCUCUUGUGUGGUCUUCCCUGCCAAUCAGGUGUUCUUUUCUAGUCUAUUCAGACCGGAUUUUUCUUCCUCUAAUUGUAAUGAGUGUAAAUAACAUUCUAAAUGUGAUCAUGUUUGUGUUGAUUUAUUAUUUUAUUCUUUUAUGUUACAAAAGAAAGGGAGAGUUCCUGCUGACCACAGUUGUGGGACUUGAUUCUGCUGAUUUAGUCUACUGGAUGUUGUAAGAAUCGUCCCUCUCUUUAUUUCUUCAGAAAACCAAUCGAAACAGCUUUUAUGAAAUGCAUGCAAAAAUUCCAGUUUUGUGUUGUGUUUCACUUUAGUGUAAAAUGCAUAAUUUUCAGUUGUAUGUAAUCACACUCUGAAUAUUUAUUUUUAGUUAGGUAGAGAUAGACUCCCUCUUGGGCUGGAAAAAAGAUUCAAUAAUUGGUUCAAUUGUUGUCUCUGUAUGCUGUGAUCCUGUAUUCUCAUUUACUAUGGAUGUUUUAACAUUCCUUGGGGUGAGCUCUAAUAUUGAGAUUAUUGUUUUGGAGCUUUAUUGCCUCAGUUUGUAAAAAUAGGGUCAGUUUAAUGAGAGAGUAGUCACAUUCAAGCUUCUGAUAAUUUCAGUACCUUAUUGAAUUAUGAGAGAACCGUACUGCUGACCUUCAUUCCCACAGUUUUCACUUUCUACUGGGCACUGCUUUUUGUGUUGAAAUUGUGUUCAACUGUAUAAACUUUAAGGUUUAAUAGGAGAAGAGAACAGUUAAGGAAAUUUCUCUUUAUGGGCAUUGACAGAGUAUAACAAUCCACUGAAUGAUGAUAUAUUUAUGUAUUUAUUAUUUAUUUAUUAGAAACGAGCUUUAUUGAGGCUGCUUUUGUCCUGUCACAUGUUUCACUAUGAUGAAGAGCCAUCCUAUGAAGAAGAUCACAGUCUGGAAUUUGUCUAGUCAAGCACUUAGCUGAUUUAAAAAUAAAUUCAUUCUUAAAAUGGUGUCAAAAAUUGUGUGUAUGUUGUGUUUUGGUCUGCAAUGCACUAAGGGCCAGAAAAAAGUUUUGCUGACUUUACUUAGGAGAGUACCUAUGGGUUUUACAUCAUUAUUCUUGAACCACAUUUCAAGUUCAUUUGAAAUUUCUUUGCUUCUUGUUUUUUUCCCCUUCAAAAUGUUAAGUUUGCAAUCAAUUUGCCAUUAAGAAGCUUUGUGAAUGUACUUACAAUUCACCCAAACAAAUUUACCUUAGUCCUAUAUUACUUUAUUGCACCAAUUCAUAUGGCUGUGAACAUUGGAGACUGGUGGUUGUUCCAUUCAACUUUUGAUUUGAAUGUAUCGUUCAUAGUUACUUAAAGUUUGAAAUGUCAGUGGGUCCAAUAUUAGAUGAAAUAAUUAUUGUUUGGUGGCUGCCUAGUUGCAGUAUUGCUUGUAUGUACUUUAAGCAGACUUUCAUAUGUUGAUUGUUUGACAAUCUAAGCUGUUUGCUUUGCUGAUUGCCAGGCACUUGUGAUCUGAUUACCAUAAUUAUGUCAACUAAGGAAUUUUAUUUGAGUGUUGGAUGGGGUUAUGAAUUCCUCAUUUAGUGAUUAUAUCAAUUUCAAAGGAGUUUGCUCAUUAGUGGCUCUCUAUCUCUCUCAUUUGCAUUUACCAAAAAGAAAAACAUUGUGUCUUUUUUUUUUUUUUAAUCAUCAGCAUACUUAUUUCAAAUCAGGGACUUGCAUAAUUUUAAUUGUGUCAAGAAAUUAUGAUGUUUAUCUUUUUAUGUUAUUGUCUUCAAACCCUUAGCAAGAGGGUUGCAUGAAACCACUAAUCUUCUCUGAGAGGCAGUGGGAUUCCAAGUUUCCUUCCCAUCAGAUUUUUGUGCAAAUGUGGCUGCCAAAGUAAUGAUUGUAAAUUUUUGUGUGGUUCUCUGGAUUGUAACUUGGGUGAAAAAUUGUAUUUUCACUGCACUGAAGCCCCCAUUUUGCCACUUUUUUGUUGUUUUUAUUUCUGUUUAUAUGUUACGCACCAUGCACUUUUUUCGUACAUGUUCUGUUUAUGGUUUCUCCCUCCCCCUUACCCUGAUUCUUGAAAUGCAUUUUUCCUCAUUUAUCAUCGUAAUCAAGUUAGAGUAUUCAAGACUGUAGUCAAUGUAAUUGAUGAUUGAUUACAUUAGAGAUACUUAGUGAGAGACCAAGUAUAUGUAUUUCUUGUUACCAUGUUGACAAUAUAAUGUUUUGUAAGACGUUGAAUUCAUUCAUAUCCUGAUAAAUGAGUCACUCUAUAAUGUGUAUGGAUGUUUUAAAUGCUAAGCCUCAACCUGUAGCAUGUGGGUAAAAAUUGUUCUAUAGUUCUCUUGGUUAUACUGAAUGUCAUGGUGUUGCUUGCUGUACUUGUAAAAUCUGUCGGAAUGGCAUUUGUGUUUUAUUUUCAGUUUAUUGUCUUGACUGAGGUUCUCUAUGUUCCAAUUGUGUCAAGAUCUCCAAAACUCAAUACUGAAGUCAUGAUAUGGCUGAAUACUUCGAAUACAAAUAAUUGUAAUUUAGUGAUAGUAUUUGUUUUGUCAAACUGUGUUAUGUUUAUGUUCCUAGACUUGAAAUUAUAGUAAGAAUACUGGAAA